CCAGAGCGAAGUUAAGUCCCAAACCCCUCAUGUUGCUGUUGCUAUCGCGGAGACGCUGCCGGACCCUCCAUUCUUGCUCCAGAUACUAUAGAGUUUACUGCACCUCAGGCCCCGCGACCAUGUCGAAGCGGGAUUAUGCCGCCGCCGUCGAGGCGCUCAAUACUCUACAGUCGAACUUCUCAAUUGUAGAUGCCAUACGUAAAUCCGGAAAGGGGAUGAAUAAACAGGCUAUCCCUGAGAUGAUAGAGUGGUGUCGGAAGAUUGGAUACAAGCCCUCUGAUUUCGACCGGAUAAGACCCAUACACAUCGCUGGUACGAAGGGGAAAGGGUCCACUAGCGCUUUCAUUUCAUCCAUCCUCGCCCAGUAUCUUCCGUCCGUCCCUUCAUCCCCCAACAGUCCCACCAAGAUUGGACUGUACACCUCGCCGCACCUUCGCAGCGUACGAGAAAGGAUACAGAUCAACAACGAGCCUAUAUCUGAAGAGAAGUUUGCAAAAUAUUUCUUCGAGGUUUGGGACCGAUUGGAGGCCGCGGCAAAGACUUCGGACACCCCCGCGGAUGCGCCAACAAAGCCGGUGUACUUCCGCUAUCUGACACUCAUGGCACUACAUGCGUAUCUAGAAGAGGGUGUCGAUACUGCGGUAAUAGAGUGCGGCAUCGGCGGGGAGUACGACAGCACAAACAUCCUCACAAACCCCACUGUGACGGCUGUAACGAGCCUGGGCAUCGAUCAUACGGCGAUGCUUGGCUCCACCCUUCCAGAGAUAGCGUGGCACAAAGCCGGGAUUUUCAAACCUGGAAGCGUUGCACUCACAGCUCCGCAAAAGGAGGAGGCACUCGCAGUCCUACGCCAACGUGCUGAAGAAAAGGGCAAUAUACUUCAUGUCAUUGAUGUCCAUCCGGCCCUCGCGAGCGGUGAGGUGAAACUGGGCCUUUCAGCUGCCUUCCAGAAGGUCAACGCUUCCGUGGCCAUCGCCGCGGCCGCAGUCCAUCUCCGUCGUCUAGGUCAUACGUCCAUUUCGGAUCCGUUGUCGUCAAAUCCCAUCCCGCUCCCUCCAGAGUUUGUACGCGGCCUAGAACAAGUGAAGUGGCCAGGGAGAUGCGAGACCCGGCGUGAAAGUGGCGUUGCGUGGUACCUCGAUGGCGGCCACACGCUCGAAAGCAUCGAGGAAACAGGCAAAUGGUUUGCGGAGCAAAUAUCGUCCCCAUCGGGAUCGCAAACCUCUCCCCGUCGUAUCCUCAUUUUCAACCAACAGACGCGAGAUGCUAAUGCUUUGGUGAAAGCUCUGAAUGAUGCGCUCAUCGCGGGAAGUCGCUCAGGAUCUGACCGGAUUGACACGUCGCGUAUUUUCUCCCACGUCAUCUUCUGCACGAACAAAACUUACAAUACGGGUUUCAAGCCGGAUUUGGUAUCCAUUAACACAAACCAAGCCGAAGUUGACGAUUUGUCGGUCCAAAAAGCUCUUGGCAAGGCGUGGAGCGAGAUUGAUCCGACGGCCACUGUCAGUAUCAAGAGUUCCAUAGAAGAUGCUAUACAAGAAGCACGGAAACAAGCACAGGAAUGGAGAGCAGAUGGCAGUUCCAACCUCGAAGUCCCUGUGCUUAUUACUGGAAGUUUGCAUUUGGUUGGCGGUGCUAUCGAUGUUCUGGAGGGUUGAUUCCGAAAGGGAGGAACAGCAUAGAAAAGUGCCAGAAGCGGGCCCUUCCAUGAUUGAACGUUAAACAGGAAUAUGCUCGCAAUCAACUGUAUAGUAGGUUAUUGUUUGAUACCCGAAUGGAUAACAUUCAACAUGUGCCAG